GUGUUUGCGCGCUGUAUUACGGUAAAAAUAAAGCCCGUGGAGUAGUUGCGUGGAUACGCUGUGACCACACCGUCUUUUUCCACUUACUUCAAAUGUUUUUCUAACAAUAAGUAUGACCGAGAGGUUUUCUAAUCUGUUCGGGCAAAAUGAAGCUCAGGGACCGCCCGGGUCUUUGUCCCUAGGUUUCGGAGCGGGUAAGCUCCCGCCGCCUAUGCCGCAGAGCCAAGUCUCCAUGGCGGGGCAGAUGCCACCACAGCUCGUGGAUGAGGGGCCUCCUCUGCGGAAACCCGGAGCUAUGAACGAACCUUUCUAUUUACUGCGAGAACUUCCAGUCGGAAACGAGCUGACGGGAAACACCAACCUCAUCACACACUACAACCUGGAACACGCCUACAACAAAUUCUGCGGGAAGAAGGUGAAGGAGAAGCUCAGCAACUUCCUGCCAGAGUUACCAGGUAUGAUCGACUGCCCCGGCACUCAGGAUGGCAGCUCGUUACGCUCUCUGAUCGAUAAACCUCCAGUGUGUGGGAACUCGUUCAGCCCGCUGACGGGCGCUCUGCUCACAGGCUUCAGACUUCACACAGGACCGCUCCCAGAACAGUACAGACUGAUGCACAUACAGCCUCCAAAGAAGAAGAGCAAACACAAACACAAGCAUCAUCGACCGCAAGACCCACUACCACAAGAAACUCCAUCAGACUCUGAUCCCAAGAAGAAGAAGAAAAAACGGGACGAUGAUCCCGACCGCAAGAAAAAGAAGAAAGACAAGAAGAAGAAAAAGAACCGCCACAGUCCAGACCACCCGGGCCUUCCAGGAUCACAACCCAACAGCAACAGCCUCAGAUAGACGGAGAACCCGUGUGUGUGUGUGUGCGUGCAUCUGUGUUCGAGUGUGUGCUUUCUGUAAGAGGAUGUGUGUUUUAUAGACGACUGUAUUCUGAUUUGAGGGGAAACCGACUGCAGUGUGUGUGUGUGUGUGUGUGUGUGUGUGUGUGUGUGUGUGUGUGUGUUACAGAAAAAAAGGCAACUCAUUUAUUGUAUGUCUUUAAUUUUGUUUC